UAGACUGCUGCUCUACAGGCAGACCACUUUCUUCUUGGGUUUCGGUGUCAACAUGGCUACGAGGUGGGGGAUCUGUAGCGCUGGGAAAAUCAGCCACGAUUUCGUGGUGGCUUUGAAAACGCUUCCCCGCGAGGAGCACCAGGUGACAGCAGUGGCAGCUCGUGAACUAGGGAGGGCUCAGGACUUUGCAGACAGGCACAACAUCCCCCGAGCGUACGGGUCUUACCAGGAGCUGGCUCAGGACAAGGACAUUGACGUGGUGUACCUGGGAACGAUUCACCUGCAACACCAUCCUGUGGGUCUGCUGUUUCUGCGGGCCAAGAAAAAUCUCUUAUGUGAGAAGCCGCUUGCAAUGAACAUGAGGGAGGUUCAGGAUCUCACUGCUGCAGCCAGGGAGAAUGAUUUGUUUUUAAUGGAGGCUGUGUGGACUCGCUACUUCCCCGCUUCCAUUCAGAUCAGUGAUUUGCUGGCCCAGGGCGCUCUGGGAGAGGUGAAGAUGGUGAGGGUGGAGUUCGGGAUGCCGUUACUUAACGUGUCCCGCGUUGUGAAGAAGGAGCUGGGGGGCGGAGCACUGCUGGAUAUUGGGGUCUACUGCCUGCAGUUUGCUUGCAUGGUGUUCAAUGGAGAGAGACCUGAGUCCGUCCAGGCUUCUGGAUGCCUGCUGGAUACAGGGGUGGAUGAGGCUAUGACUGUGGUUCUCAGGUUCUCUAGGAAUAGGAUGGCUGUCUGUAUAUGUACCAUUUCCAUUCAGCUGCCAAAUGAAGCAUUCAUCUUUGGCACAAAGGGAACUGUAAAGAUCCCAGCUCCCAUGUGGUCUCCCACCUCUUUGAUAGUGAAUGGGAAUGAAUCUCAGUUCCCACUGCCUGAUUCCCAGCCUCUCAAUUUCCCCAACAGUACCGGGCUGCGCUAUGAGGCUCAAGAGGUUCGGCGGUGUUUACUUGCAGGUCUCAAGGAGAGUCCCAGAAUGACACUGGAGGACACAGCUCUAUUAACCAGUAUUUGUGACGAAGCUCGCAGACAGGUGGGAGUGGUGUACUGCCAGGAUGCAAAAUAGAGUGUGGGAGGAGGCUCACUACUCAACUAUACCAUUCUAUUGCUGAUUGUAUAGUGAACUGUCCAAUGCUGGUUUUUAUUUCCACUAAUAAACUGAAACAUUCUCU